UCCCGCCCGCACAGCAUGCGGCCCAGCGCAGUAGUUUCAUUGGCGUUGUGCAAAAGGAAACUGCGAGCAACAGCACAAAGAAAGGAGAGCGCGUGAAAAAAGAAGGAAAAGGAAGUUGCCGCCUCGCCAACGGCGCGGCAGUUUCCGAACGUGGCGCGCUCGAUCGCAGGCGGCAGGGUGGCACAGCGAAGGGAUAUGGCGGCUGCUGCGCCCAGCCGACGACGACGAAUCUAGUAAAGCCCUUCUCAGCGCGAACCACUCCUAUUAUCUGCGGCCGUCGCCAACGCAGCCCGAAAGAAAAACGAAACCGCCCCGCGGCGUCGCUCGCAACAGCAAAGGCAGCCUCGCGCGACGCCGGGAAGAAAACGCGACGACGGACGGCUCCGACACGCAAGCCCACGGAGGCACCCAAACAACGACGACCUUCUGAAAUCGGGGCCUCCCACGACUCGGAACCAUCAGUAUCGGCGACUCCGUAAAAAAACACGACGACUUGGUUCCCGGCUCCUGAUUGCAGCGGCACUUGGGCCAAGAAAUCGAGCACGAGAAGGGCCAUGCUUGGCACCGAGCAGCACCACGACAGGGCGGCAGCAGUGGUGCCCUCGCCUGGCCUCAACAUGGAGCACGGCUUUCAGGAAGAUAGAGGAAACCAGAUCCAGCGGCACUACCAGUUUAAAGAGGACGUUAUGAGGCGAACGGAGACUGCCAAAUUGGCUCGUCGAGUUGGCCUGCCCAACAAAUCACCCAAGCCAACCAUUGAGAUUUAUCGGCCUCCUGGCGUGAGGGUUUCUGACCUGCCUCAGUCGAGUGAAGACAUGGCUCUUUCACCUACGGACAAUGGUAGCCACCACCACCACCACCACCACCACCAGACGGUGCUCAUGAACGGCACCAAUGGCACUGAGGCGCCCUCCCAGCCGCAACCUGCUGCGCCAAGGGCAGUGCACUUCCAGGUCCCACUCUCCUCACUGCCAUCUUCGACAAAAGAGGUGGUCGGCAAGAGCUCACUGCGGCGCUCCAAGAGCUUCUCGCACGAAGAGCCCGCCAAUGCCUGCUUUCCUGCUGAGUACCAGAGCCUUGUCAAAAAGGCGAUGCACGACCCAAACACUCUUAGCUCCCACCAGCUGAUGGAACUCGUGCGAGCCAUUUGCCAAAGGGCCACUGAGGGCAUACAGAAUGCCGAGCCAUCAGCACAGCUGUGCCUCUCCAUUAUUGCGAAGGAGAGAGGAGAGACAUUCCUGGAAAGCAUGCUGAGUGCCUGCCGCGAGUGGUUCAACGAGCGAGACCAACUGCUACGGCCGCUGGAUGCUACGAUGGUGGUGCCACGCCGUUGGACAGCCUAUGUAUGCUUCCUGGCCGAACUGCUGCUGGGAUUGAGGGGCCGCAUAUCAACCAGUUGUCCAACUGGUGGCCGAGGCACAGCAAGCCGCACAUUGUGCUUGGUCAUGCUGCUCUGUGACUGCUGUCAUAUUAUCCUGCGACCUCCUUCGCUUGGCAAUCCGGCUGAGAUGGAGUGUCUGCGGUCGGUACUGACAAUUGCCGGUCGGGCAGUGGAGCGUGAUGCCCCCCAGCGCAUGGCCAUUCUGGUUGGGCGACUGCGAGAGGCAUUUGUCCAGCCGGGCCUCUCGGCUCAGACGCGCAAGACACUGCUCGAACUGCUUGAGCUGCACGCCUCUGGUUGGCAGCUCAAUUUGGCACAGCAGCUGUACUACUUCCCCUACACGAGCCUCGAACACCGCAAGUGAACACCCGACGCCACCACAGCCUCGAUGAAGACUCACCCACGUCUGGAUCACUGGACCUAGACCUACCACAACCAGCCCGGUGUGAAGCAAGUAAUAGCCUCAUAUGCUUGAACUCUACUUUGUCUGCUCUGUUUUUUAGUUCCUGUGCCAGUACUUCUCGUGGUUGUUGAUGAGGAUUGCUCGGAAGGCUUCAAAUAGUGUCUAUCAACCGCUGUUUUUUUUUGUGGUGGUCACUACAGAAUAAGCAAAGAACAUGGAAAAAUUGUGGAAAACAGCCCGAACGACAGAUUAAUGUACCUCCCUGCUGUCUGCCAGUUUGUCAAAGUGGAGUUUCUUAGCUGUUUUGAUAUACCAUUAAUAGUUGAUGACAUACUGCCUUCAGCGUGCGCUGCAGCAGCAGGUUUUCCAAGUGUUUCAGGGACGUUGUGGUACUACUACAGUGACCUUCUCAAGUGAACAUCAUUGUGUGCUUCUACAUGCCAAGAAUCACAGAUGAGCAGAAUGCUUAUGAAGUGUCCUGAAGCACAUGCCAAUGUGUGUUUCUUUUUUUUUUCACGCUUCUUUGUAUGGUUAUUGAUUGGAAUCAUGUCGGCACUAAUAGCUACAAAUUCUUUAUAUUUUUCUUGUUAGGUGCAAAAAUGUUUAUCUGCGGUCUUCAGAGCAAUUUAUAUUUCUUCUGUCGGGUAAUUUCACAUGUGACUACAGGACUUGCAUUUUUAUGCACCUCUGUCAGUGUCAUUUCAAUUUUCUAUUUUUAAAGGGACCCUGAAACUGUUUUGACUAUUUGUGCAAAUGCUUGGGUUGGUAGCAACCAGCCCUUCUUAUUAUUAGCAGACCAAUUAAAGCACUUUCUGUAAACUGCGUAAUUUAUUUUAUGGUUUCAAGUGUGCAAAUCGCCGCAGCUUUGUUUCAAGUUGGCACCAUUUCUGAGACAUUGCACUAUUUUCAAACUUCACUCGCACAGCUGACUUGAUUGCAUCUUGGUAGGUUGCGCACAACUUUUACACAGGAACACAAGACACAAGCACUUUUGUCUUGUGUUUCUGUGUAAAAGUUGUGCGCUUUCUACCGUGAUGGAUUCACACCAACUUGCCCGAUAUAAUUGUUUAUUUACUUGAUUGAUUGUGCCAGUGCCGUCGUUGGGUGAUGAUACUCGUAAUAGCUGGAACACUUACAAUUUGUUUUAUGUAACGAAACAGUUACAGAAAUGAAACACAGAAGUCAGGAGAAUCUUUUGAUGAACAGCAAGUAUGAGUAAAGCCUGCUCCAUGUUCAUUGUAUAAUAAUUGACAGAUUAGAUUCACACAAAAUAAAAGGACGCAGCGCUGAACUAAUGUUGAUGGGAGCAGCCUUACCACUGUUGAUAUUAGUUUCUUCACUGCUAUGCUGCAUUGUGGGCUGCUAAUUUGCUGAUUGGUCACACAUGAAGCUGUUGCAUCGAGUGCUUGAGCAAAAGGGAAAAACCUUUGGUGCUGCAGUGUGCAUCUUGGUAACCGAUAUAUUUUCAUGCCAUCACUACACGCUGGAGGACUACUGCCACAAUUUUUAUAACACUUAACUGCAAGAAGCCUGUCUACUAACUUUCGAACAUCACUGGCUUACAGCGCAAGUGAAAUAAUGAUUAUUGGUAGCCAGGAUUUCUGUGGCUCCUGGUGGCAUAGAGUUCAACCAAGCUUUGACACUUCACCGAAGCUUGGGUUGCCACUUUUUCUUGAACAAAAAACCGGCCCUUUGAAGGGGGGAUGAGCUACCAGGAGAUUAGGUUAGUGAGAAUUGAAACUUGAGCAAGGUGUUGCGGAUUCAUCUUGAUUUUAGCAGCGCACUGGGGGACCAAGAAGAAAAAAAUGUACACAACACAGGUGCUAGUGUUAGUGUUGAACAACAGACGCCGUGUCAGGUCUUUGGUAUGCAGUGCCAUUUAAUGUAACAUUGCUUUCCUCGAGCCAAAUAAACCUGAUGUACAAACAAAAAUGGCACACUAAACUAAUCUACUAGUCUAAUUGCUGGCAUAAAAAUACUCGUGAUUAAAAUGACACUUUGCUUGGAAAAAGCCGAUAUAAAUCCAGACAGGUGGCAACCCCCAACCACUGUGCUCCAAUGAAAAAGACCACUUGAUGAACCUCUGAAUGAAAAGCAGCACUAAGAAAAAGGAUAGCUUCCUCAGUACAAGAUGCUCAACUUAAACUAUGGACUGCAGGAUUUGACAAUAUCCUUGCUUAGGCACUUGCACAAAAUUCCAAAAACUGUUUCAGGUACCCUGCAAUGCUUUCAUCACCACAAACAGGUUUGUUUUACCAGACUUACUCUGUGUUCGUCUCAGAUUGUCUUCUUUUGUGUGGCUUGGUGUGGUUCUUGUAAAAUGUUUUUCUUUACUUUAUAAGAUCUGGCUCAUUAAGGUCAACUUGUCACACCUUGACUGUUGUAGUUAUCAAGCACUGGCAGCUUUGAAAUUUGGUGACUGUGUGUAUUAUUGUGCAAAAUUUCAACUGUGUGUGCCACUACUAGUUCGCACCUCUGAACCACGCUUUUCUGACUACAUACUUGGCUUGCCUUUUCUUCGAUGAAAAGAUUACAAACAAGUGCCAUUCUUUCUGUUGUGCUUACAUCACAGCCCUGCCUGAUGUUGCUGUAGUAAGAUUAUUUUCUCGCAAGAACAAAAUGCCAAAGUAGUUAUGUAUAUGAAUCACUAUGGUUCUUUACAACACCAAAUGAAACGCUUGUAAACAACUACCCACUCUGGAAUUUUCUAUUGGUCCCCGGGGGCCCACCUGGUCAUGCAGGCAUACCUCAGUGCUGCCUUACAGAAUCAAGAACUUCUCAAAAUCAGUGUGCAGUCACUGUGCAGUUCCAAUUCUUGAAAAGUCCCAUCAUUCCCUGUGAGUGAUGUGACGCAUUCCUUGAAUAUGUAUCCUAGGAGAAGUGCUCAAGUGGACAUUAUGAUGUGAAAUUUCUGCACAAGUUAUCUCUAUACCUGAUGGAGUGCUGUAGCAGGAGUUCUUGGCAAUCAUUUAUUGCUUUCCAGUGCCAUCAGUAUUUCACAAUUGCAAAAAUGAUAUCUGUGAGAGAACAUGCCUCUCUUGAAGAUGCCCAGGGCUUCGCAUAUGAUGAAAUUCUGCUGCGAUGUCGUUUGCUUGUUGUACCAUUUUUAUGUGCACAUGAGUGCUGGCCCGUAAAUUAGCACCACACCUGAGCCUUGCACUAGGAGCAAGCGAACACGAAGCUUGCACUCUCUAAUUGAAUAACAAUCGGGGCGUAGGCAUCACAUUUCGGUCCUUCAAAGAGUGUGAUACAUUGUUGCAGUGUUCUGGAAGCCUGCGGUUCAAAAAUAUACUUUAGUAUUGUUGAUCCUGUUGCUCUGCUACCAAUGGCAAUGUGGUAUCAUGAACCCUUACGGCAUAUUCGAGUGUUGUCAAACCCGGACAUAUUAGGCUCGAAAUAGAACAUACAAUAUUCAGCAGUUACACUUAUCACACGCUUAUCUGACAAUGUUCCACAUUUUAAACAGCUUCUUGAGACGGUGAAAAGUGGGAAUUCACUAAUUUAUUUCUGCAUAGAACUUUGCUUUCUAUUUUAUAUUUUAUCCACGCCUUUGGCUUUUCUUGGAGCAGCAGUUCCAUUCGUUUUCCAAUAAUGAAUAGCAGGUUUCACUGCUUGCUUCUUGCUCUCUGCAAGUUUAUUAUGACAUCAUCAAAAGACGACAACACAUGGGGUUUGCAGAAGGAGGUUCCAAAAGGACAACUCUUAGAAGAACCUCCUGUCGUUAUCUACAAAUGUUUGAAGAAGAACCAAUAUCAUUGAACGUUUUAGAAGAGCAGUAGCCACAGCUGUACAGAAAGCAUAUUUGAUAAUCAAACUAAUGGACAUGAAUUCUUAAUUAGAAAGAAAUUUUCGGUGCUGCUGUGGUCGGGUAAUGCCAGAGAGGCCCCGCCCUGCCCAGAGGCCUCAAUGGCUCAAUGCAAUUGGCAAUGCUCUCCAGCGGCAGAGCUUAUCAGGUCAGUCCUAAGGUUCCACUCUUUAGUGCAAGCUUGUGUGCAUCCACCUUUGUGCUGGCAAAGCCUGCUAAGUUGUGUUCAUUCCUGCAUUACGUGACUGUGUUGUGCCAUCCACAUUUUUCAGUGCACUUCAAUGGUUUCCUUCCAGAGCUAGCUUUUUCAUCCCCUUGAUUGAUAGAAUCUGUGAAAACAAUGCUGCAUCUUAACAAAACGAGUGAUGCAAAAUCUAUGCUUCUUGAAAAGAUUGAGCUAAAAAAGGUGUCGCUGCGUCCCACAACAUUGGUCAUCUGUGUCGUGUGCCAUUUGUCACACUGUUGCCAUAGUGUGAGUGUUUCUCACACUUCAAUGAUACAAACAGCAUGGUUGUUCCAAGUGUGACAUGGCAUUCUUGAUAGGAAGGGCUGAGAGCUGAGUUUUUAAGAUAAGAAACUCAAGGAAGACAGAUAACGUUGAUUGUUGUGGCAUAAAAAGCUGCUGUUCUUACUCAGCCUUUUCCUAGACAGUGAUUGCAUACUUGCAAAGUGUUUGAUAUGUUGGAUGGAGAGAUGGAUUGAGAAAUUGCUCUCAGUGUGUUUCUGCCUUGACUGAGGGCCUCCAAGGGGAUGGUACAGCUGUUCAGUAGAGCAAAUAGUCCAAUAUAUGCGGUUCAAGUGCAUUUUUUUGCUUUGUUUUUUGUCUUGCUGUUGAGACAUACACUUGAGCACUGCUAACCAAUUCUGUCUUCCAACAUCUACCGAUUUGUAGCUACAUGUAACGGAGACUUUCUUUCAUGUAGGAAGGUUUUGGAGUUCCCCAAAGGGGGUUUUAUCUAGUAGGUGAAUUGAUGAUGGGCUCGAAUAACCUGAAGAAGUGUUCAGGUUUUGCAAGGUUAUGUUGUACACUUUGAACAUCUUGAAGUGAAUGAAAAUUGAGCAAAUUUGUUAAAAGACGAACCCUGCUACAAUCUGUAGGCUGUGGCUAAAUUGGCUUGUGCUCGGGCUUUUAUCGAAGUCUUUUGCAUUUAUUUGAGUCGUCACAUCAGUAGAGCUAGAAGAAACCGGUUCUGUCCAAGUGUUGAGAGAUUCAUCAGAAAGGGUCAGAGACUGAGAUAAUAGCCUUGAGAUUUCAAAAAUAACUUGACAGUUCAUAAAUUAUCUCACAGUAUUAGCUAGGUACCAGUUUUCUCUCCCAGUAACUUAGAGGAUACAAGCUGGUGCUUUUAUACAAUAUAUCAAAAGCACAUUAGAGGGCAAAAAAGAGCUUUUCAUACAUUUUCCUAUUCUUGAGUAGCUAGACACUUCAUUGCUUUUUCUAUUAUUGUCACUUAGAUUCUCAAGGUACAAUUUCUCUUGGCAUCAUUUAUUUCCAGAGUGGUUGCUUGCUUUCAAAAGCAAUUGCUACUGAGCUAACUAGCCAAAGUCAUGAAGAUAAGGUGCAAGCGUUGAAGUGGUUGUGCUAAAGUACCUUGAAGGACCUAACACAGGAAGGUUCUUGCUUUCAUUGUGACCAAAGCACCUUGACUGGAGUGAAUGUUUCGUAAAAAACAAUGCUUUUAGUAACUUAACUAGUGCAUGUUUUCUAGGUAUACUGAUUGGCGAAAUGUAGUAAUUCUCUUUGAAGAGCUGCUGUUCAGAGUGUGGGUAGUCAGUUUCAAUGAAAAGACACAAAAACUGCUUCAGGGUGCAAGCAAAUCAAAUUGUGUUUGUUUUCAGAGCAGGGUUGCCACUGUCUUUCGAGUGAAAUUCACGAAACGACGAUCCAAAAGUUGCCAUUUUUCUUCACUUGUCACCGAAAAUCGCCAUUCUACAUAUGUGUGGUGUGCCGUGUAAUAAAAAUUUAUUAUUACUAUCCACAAACCCCAAAUCUUAUUGAUGUCUUUCAAUGCCAGUCGCACCACUCUCUUCACCUUGGGGCACUGAUAAAGGACAUGCAUGUACCAGCAACGUCCCUGAAUGCUAGCGCCUCAUAACAAAAUUUCCAGUGGAUUCAGUUGUAGCGAAUACAGAGCAAUGCAGCUGCUACAACAAGAGAGGAAUGGCAUGCAUAGCCUUCCUGGAUAUUUAGAGAAUUUCAUUGCCAUGUAAUCAUGUGUCCGAUAAUUGAACAACUUAAUUACUAAGUAACAAAAAUAAAUUUGAAAGUGCUGCGUAUUACUCACAAUGCACGCACCAUGCUUUUCGUGCGAUAACGCCUAUGUUACACAUUCUCUUUAGUGCAGUACUUCUGAAGGCUGCCCAAAAAAGUCGACCUGUUGGCCGGCCCGAAAAGUAUGUCAAUAAAAAAAUUUAAACGUUAAAUGGCGAAUUAGGAGCUACUCCAGCAGUGAAGUCGACAAGCUAUUUAGGAUAGUCGGAGUGGUAGUCGGAACACUCGAAACUCCUUACUAUAGUCCGGUGCACGUAACACAGGUCGGGAAACGAGUGAGGCUUUCAAACCCUGAAAUGCGGCUUCUUUGUCCUCAUCCCAUUUCACGCGGUUGGGCUGAACUAACUGCCACCUAACCACUUCAGAAUCAGAAGUUUAAAUAAGCUUAAAGCUGUUAGAGCACCUGAAAAACUUAAUAUAACACCACCACUGCACGCAAAGCAGUCCGCUGACCUAAAUAUUGCUGGAAGGUUGCUGGCGGAUACACCAGUACACCAGUGCCUCUAGAAUCUAGGAGAACUCGGGAAAUACACUCAAAAAAUAGGAAAGGUGUUCUAAAACUAUGAAAAAAAAAUGUAUCUCACUUGUUUUUAAGACAUAAGUACAGAGAGAAUAAUUCAGUCGGCACCUAAACCAAAAAUCACCAAAAAUUUGCUAUGUCGCCAUGCGAAAUUAUAGCUCCCCACGGGCCUCCUAAAUUCUCCAAUUUGGUAAAUAGUAGCCGCCAGUGGCAACCCUGUUUCAGAGACCACUUUAUCGAUCUAAAGCGAUUCUUUUGAGUGUCCCUUCAAGAUUACUAGCGUGUUGGCUUUUCUUGGAGACACACAAUGAACCUCCAAACAUUUUGAAAUAAUAAUAUAAACAAUGCUCAUUUAAACUGUGAGUGCAUAUUUAACUAAUGUUCCUGUUUUCAUCAGGAAGCCUCACUUUUCGGACAGCUAUGAAUGCCCAUCUGUCUGUGCAUGUUUACCAUGAAUAUAACUUUUCUUUCCACGAAACGCCUGAGCAGCUGGUUUGUUGUGCUCUGUAGCAGCUCUGUGUCUCUGCAAAUUAUGUCACAAUGGCAGCAGUGACAGAAAAAGCAUGCACGACAGACACGUGCGUCAGUUUCAUGUGCAUCAAAGAAAAAAAAAGAAAAAUACAUCCUUGCCUCAGCCCCCCUGCAGCUGAUGCAAAGCUGCGUGUUAGAGGUCAUAAGAGGUCAAACAUGCAAAGGUUUGCUCAUUUGCACGUCUGGGUUUUCUUUGAGCUUAACAGGGGCACACAACUUUUUCUUUUAUACGGUAGACUUGCAAUAAUUCAAACUCCGAUAAUUCAUAUUGUUGGUUAAUUCAAAAAAAAUUAAAUUUAAUGGUUGGCCCUGUAUUCUUUCAAUGUAUUAAUUCAAACUUCAUUAUUCGGCUAAUUCAUACUUUUUGCAGUUCAUAUCCAAAAAUAUCUGCUGCUUUCCCACUACUAUUUAAAAAUUUGCAUGCUUAUACAAUCCUAACAGUCUAAAAAUUAAAAAUAAGCACCUCAGGCCUUCAAGGAAAAAGGCUUUGCUAGUAAACAAAUGUUUGAAACAAAGCACAGGCAUGGUAAACCAUGAUACUUCUCAACUGGUAUAGAGAGCUUUGUGCUGAAGUCACAUACUGAUAGCAAGGAAGCAGUUGGCAAGUCAUAAUUUCUUCAAAAGCUCUGAUGAUCAGUAAAUGACCAAUAAACUUGUGGACCUUACUUCUCUGCUUUCUGUUCAUUCCGUGCAGUUAUGGUUUAAAAACACCUAAAAACUUUUUAAAUGUGAUCAAAUGAGUGCCUAAUCAUAAUGUGUGGUGGCACCUCACGCAGACUCAUCUAUCUGAGAGCUUCUGAUAAUUCAAACUUCUUGGUAAUUCAAACGAAAUCGAGAGGUCCCUUGGAGUUAGUAAUGAGAGUUGACUGUAUGAGAUGCAUACCUUGUCUUAAAUUAGCUGAGAAAAAUGAAAACAGUUUAUUUUAUGCAAUAAUACUGUAGGCCAACAAGGCAAGGAAAAGAUUUGAAAAAAUGUAACAAUUUAUUUUCAAGAAUAAAAAGGUUGUGUGCCUUUAUGACAGCUCAAAAAUUUCUGUAGACUGCAUUCCAACCUUGAACGUGCACAACUAUGCAAACCGAGUAUAAUGAGUGAGGAGGCUCAAAAUGCUCUCGGGCUUUUCUCUACUCCCUGCCCUAACUAUAGAUUUAUGCUAGGUAGUUUGCAACAUUGCAGCUGCUCUUUGAAGUGCUUUAUUCGUCGUCACAUGGUGUUGUCAUGUAAUGUCCAUCUUUAAUGUGUGCACUAGGAAAUUUUCACAAUUUGUAUAUUGUGAAAUUUGUACACUUUUUGCCAAUUUCUGACACUUUUCUAUGGCAUUGUGGGAGGACCUCGAGUGACAGCAACUGUAUGAACUUUUAAUUAUUUAUUUUUUCAAAUAACAAUCUGCAAUGCAUGCAUUGAAUGUGUGGUUUCCAGAAAAAAAAAGAGAAACAUUCUUCUGUGAUCAACUGAUAUUUCAAGCUGCUUUCAGAGAUGAAGUUACUACAGGUCUAGAUUACCAUAGUUUGCUUUGGCAUCAAAACAUUUCUACUAUCGUGUUACCGUUUGAAAGAUAAAUAGAUGCUGCUUCAAUGUCGUGUUAAAUUUUGUGCUAGUUGCCUGCUCGUGGACCUUGCACAAAUGCUAAAAGUGUGCAAUUUAAGAUGUAGUAUUUAGUUUGCUAGCCUGUUUACGAGUGCUGUGUGCUUCUGUUGUAUUGAAUUUUCCAGUACUUGCUGGUAGUGAUUGCUCAGACUUGUAACAUAAGGGAGUAGUACUUGAAGAAUGUUAAACUGCUUGGGUAUUGGAGCACUUGAUUUCAGAUGAUGCAAUUGCCAUUCUCGAGGAAUGAAUGCUUUGCAUUGUCAUCUAUUUUCAUAUCCUGAAUAAUAUUUGUGUUUUUGCGAGUGUUUGACAUGUUUAUUCAAAAAAUAGGCAUGCAGCAUUUCUUUCGCAGUUUCCUGUUGAUUCUUUUGCAAUUUUUCUAAUUUUUAUUGUUUUUGUCUAGUUUUGGCACUGCCUGUGAUAGCAGUCACUGUUUUGUUUAUUUUUGUUCACAAGAAAGAAAGUGAUUGAGAGAACAAAAUAUUUUAACUGUAUACUCUGCUUUUGAGUAAAUACAAAGCUCAUUAACAAACAUGAGCCACCGAUGACCUGUGUCUCAAGCAGCCAUGAUGUAUUUAAUUGCAUCACACAUGCAGGGCUGGUUAGUUUUAUUAGAAAUGUCUCCAUUGCUGCUGGUUUUCUGGCCACUUGCUUUGUGUACUUUUCUGGAUGCAGUGCAAAUCGUUACUAAAGUGUGAGAGCAUGACAUCCUAGACUGUGGCCGCAGCUUAAGCAGUAUAUUGACACUCAACAAGAAGGUUUUCAGUGAGGCCAUCAGAGAGAGCUAUGGAGCGAGUUCAUGUUGACAUCCUUUGCCAACUCGUCAGUCUGCCUUGAUUCCGCUAAUCAUUAGUAGCUCAAUGAACCGACUACUAGUCAUUUUGUAGGCUAUAGUAAUAAUGAAUAGCCUUGCAGAGUAUAGUGGUAGCCCAGAGUGAGGCUCUGUCUACUGUAACACAGCUCUUUUUAUUUUUGGCAUAAUGCCAAACGUUAACCAAGAAUCGACUCUUAUUUGGUAUUGUGAACAAGUUUUAUUAUGUUCCUGACAGAUGUGCAUUUGACUGGCAGUUACUUACCAGCCCAUCAAAAGACUAACCUCGCAAGCAAUGAAAUCUUCAGCAAUAAUAAACCAAUGUGUACCAUAUAUCUUGCCAUAAAAGCAUGGAAAAAGAACUGACUACGGUGCCAAUACUCUCAAGCAGUCAUUUGUAGAAUACUAUUUACACAACUAUUAUACUGUUCUUUUUUUGGCUCUUUUCUAUACUUGAAGAGUAAUUCAGAAAUAAACUCAGUAGUAU